AUGGAGCUCGUGGAAGUGGUCGCCCCCGAGGAGUUCGAUGCCGAGGCGCUGGAGGCCCAGCAGCGCUUCGUGGCGCUGGAGUUCCCCGCCCGGUUCGGCUCCAAGGUCAUGAAGCACCUGUCCGCGAGCUUCCAGCCACUAACGGAGCUCGGGUUCGCGCACCUGAAGCGGCUGAAAAAGCACGCGGAAUCCCCGAAAACGCUCGUGGCGCUCGUGUGCCCUUUAAACUCGGACGCCCACGACACCACAGAGCCCUCCGAGGAGCUCGAGCAGCUGGAAACAAUGUUCGAAGCUCGACUCACCACGGCAGACGCGCUGAAGCUCGCACCGCGCACCCGAGAGCUGUUCGAGAAGCACACGAAGCACUGGCCGCUCAUCUUCCACGCCAGCGUGGAGGAGGCCACAGCGCUGCCACCAAUUGAAGACCACGAGAAGGAGAAGAUGCUGAAGCAUUUGAAGUCUGCGGUGAGCGUUGGAGAAAGACUGAAGGAGGAGAGGGAGCAGACGCUGAGCUGUGCGUGGGGCUGCGUGGUGGUGGACCUAGAGACUGAUGAACCGGUUGCGACGUCGGAGGUCGGUGAGGAGUUGCAGGCCAAGUACAAGUUCGAGACGUUGUACCACCCUGUGAUGGUGGCGGUCGACGCCGUUGCAGAGCGGGAUCGACGACGAGAGGUGGAGGUGCAGGAGAAGGCGAGCAAGAAGCAGAAG